AUGAUCCGAAAACAAAAGGCCGAAAGAGAAAGCACACGGGCUGAUGCUUCGCUGACCAUUCUCAGUUCACAGUGCUGCUUGCUGAAGCAUGAAUGUGAUGAUAAUGCCAGUGUUGAUGAUGAUGAUGUUAAUGAUAAUGAUAUUUAUCAUUGUGAUAAUUCACUGGAAACAAUGAAGCAUGGCAUAAUUUGGCAUAAUUGGAAUGGCAUAAUUUUCAAAAAAUCAUAG